CAUAUAAAUACAGCAUGGCUGAGAUGUCUCUCUCUCCUCAUUCCUCACUUGUCUCAGCAUCUUCAUCAUAGAAAGAAUAGCAAAAAUGGCUGUGCCUUUGUCUAAUGAGAUUGAAGCCCUCACCAAAGCUUUCACAGGUUUUGGUGUGGAUGAGAAGUCAUUGAUAUCAACAUUGGGGAAGUGGCAUGCGGAGCAUACGAAAUCCUUCAGAAAGGGCACCCAUUUCUUCAUUCAGGAUGAUCGUCUUUUUGAGAGGUGGGUUGAUGGACACGUGGAACAACUCCACCGUGAAUUUCUACGUAUUAAGAGUGCAGUGGUUCUUUGGACAAUGCACCCUUGGGAAAGAGAUGCGCGAUUGAUUAAGGAUGCAUUGAAUGAUGGACCAAAAUCAUACAAUGUAGUGAUAGAGAUUGGGUGUACUCGAUCAUCAGAAGAGCUAUUAGGAGCAAGAAAAGCCUAUCAUUCUAUUUUUGAACGCUCCAUUGAGGAAGAUGUCGCCUUCCAUGUCAACACCAUUGAACGCAAUCUCUUGGCACUUGUUAGUUCGUAUCGCUAUGAAGGUACAAGAGUUCAUCAAGAGACAGCAAAAUCUGAGGCCAAGACACUUUGUACUGCCAUUAAAAAUGCUGGUAAGAAGAAUCCAAUCGCGGAUGGCGAGGUGGUGAGGAUACUGUCAACAAGAAGCAAGCUCCAUCUUAAGGCUGUGUUCAAUCACUACAAGGAGAUCUCUGGGAAUAAUAUUGAUGAGGAUCUUGUUGCUCACUCAAGCUUAAAAGACACUGUGCAAUGCCUAUCUACUCCCUAUGCUUAUUUCAUCAGGGUUUUGGAUGCAGCGAUGAGUCCUGGUGUAGAUGAGAAUACCAAAGAGGGCUUAACUCGAGUGAUAGUAACCCGAGCAGAUGUAGAUAUGAAAGUGAUCAAAGAAGAGUAUCAUAAGCAAAACAAAGUUACACUAACCGAGAAGAUUGAGCUCGUAACUAAGGGAAACUUUAAGGAUUUCUUGAUGAUCUUACUUGCAAGAGGGGGAUAAUUGAAAAGUGAGCACUAUACUUAACAUCAAUGAUUUGUUCUAGGUUUUCCAAGGCAUAAUCUUUUAUUUUGAUACUUGCAAUCUUGUGUUUGUAUGAGUAUUGGUAUCAUCAUAAAGGGUGAACUUUAUAAAUCAUCCCAUGUAUUAGCAUCUAUUAGGUCUAUUGUAUCCAUUUUUGUUGUUUCUGUCUAUGCUUUACUUGUGAAAGAAGAAUUGUUAGUGACUCAAUAAAUCCAUUUGUAUGGUUGUUCA